CGUUAUUUGUGAGCGAAUUGGCGCCAAAGCGAGACUCUUGUGUUGUUUGAAUGGAUUUGCGAACAAAUGGUUGAAAUGAUGUCAAAGAGGAUGACAAUUGGUGUCAAUCACUUCUACGGCCCGCAGAAGACGUCGCACAGCAGUCGCACCCGAAAAGAGCGCUCUUCAGGCGAUGAGAACCAAAGCCCCGACAGAAGGGCCGCCCAUUCAAAGACAUCAAAGACACCGCUUUGCAAGACGUCUUCAUUGGCCAACAACUCGAGUCCAGGCGUCGGAUCCACUGAAAAGAUUUACUCCGGGUUUCCGAACGGCUCUCAGAUAUCGCCGCAAGAAAUGAGUCGUCUGUCCAACGGAUUAUCAAAGAAAGAGUUGAAGAGUCGAAGAGAUGAACACAACUAUAGACUGAAUGGAGACAAGACUUGUCUCGAAAGACGCGAAUUGGAGGUCAAGAAGAUGAGAGUCGAUAUGAAGAAGCAUUUGCAUGAAGUGAAUGGAGACGCGGGAACUCCAGACAAGAGAACACGACUGCAAAGUCCACAACAGAACCACCAGAAGAUCACUCAUUACUUCCAGCCUAAGACACCCCUGAAUGAGGACAAUGAGAACAUCGAGAAUAUUCCCGAUGAGCUCUUCAGGACUCCCACAAAGGGAUGUAAUGACGAGACCAUGAAAACGCCUCUUCUCAAUGACAGUCCUGUUGUUCAGGACUGGUGGACGACGAGUGCGAGCGACGGUCUGGUCAUUGAGAACGGACUCGAAGUGUUUGACGUGAACUGUCCGAUGGGUCUCAAGAACUUAGGAAACACUUGUUAUAUGAAUUCAGUCCUUCAGUGCGUCUUUGCCCUCAACUUCUUUAUCUCCGAUUUGGACACAAGUUUCGCUGCACUCACGACUCACUCGGACUUCCCGAUGACUCAAAGCCUAUUGGAUCUCUUCAGACAAUUCGAUGGUUUGAGAAAAGAAGACAAAGAAGAGAAGACGAGCGCUGAAGAGUUGACGUCUUACAACGAGAAGUUCCACGCCCUGUAUCUCAGUGUUCCCGACGACCGCUCACUCACAACCGCUUUCCAGGACUUUCUCAGAGACGAGACGACUGGCCAUCAAUGCGUUGCCGACAACUGUAAGGCCAACGAAAACGUUUUGCGCAAAUCGUUUGUAAAGCGCCCGAAAGUGCUUUUCCUUCAACUCGGGAGGUAUACGGCUAACGGCAACAAACGCGUCGACACUGUUUUGAUUCCCAGAAGCCUACGUCUCUCGACGCGACACGUCGUGAGUGGGCCGUCAUCUGUGGACUCGGAGGACAGGCCUAAACUGCAAGACGUUUGCAAUAAUGUGUCAAAAGUCGUCCGAAGAAUCUCUUUCGACGAGAGCUUUGAUGAGCAGCAGAGCAUCGAAAACAAAGACCCGACAGAAGUAGAGGACGUGACUGACGACGCGAUAGCCUAUCAAUUGGUGGCCGUCAUCUGUCACCACGGGUGCAGUCUGUCUGCCGGCCAUUACACGAGUUUUGUGUAUAACAGCCAAACCGAUCGCUGGUUCUCUUGCGAUGACAAUCGCAUCUGUUUGACGGACUUCGAGGCCGUCCAGAGGGACAGCCAGAAGAGGGGCUACUGCUAUGUCUAUUCAAACGGACGUCAUUUGUGUCUCUGUUUACUGUUCUGUUCGUCCGAUUCGUGCGCUUCUUCUGAUUCGUCCCACAAAUGGCCAAAAGCUGUCCGUUUCGGCGCUCUUCCACUCACUCUCUCCUCACUCACUAUAUGUCCUCUCAUUGCAGACCUCUUUCCUCUUCUGACGUGUCUUCUCGUCGUCCAAUGCAUCGACGCCUCCACUCAGGGCUCGACCCUCUCUGUGGUGGCGGCGCCUCCUUCGCUACGUCUGUCGGACGAAACGCAUCCCAUCGACGGCUCUUCGAUCGCGGACUUCGUGUCUCUGACUCUCGGAUACUCUUUACCGACGGCCUUCCAAUGGCGCGGACUCUCAGCCAUUACUGACGUCUUUUCGCUGCCGACGACGGCUGUGACGCUCAGACUCGUCGGUCGACACGACAUUCCGCUGCCGCCGACCGUCGCGCGCGUCCCCAUCGACGGUCCGCUCGACUCGGAGCGCGAGCGCCGCCUUCUGUGGCAGCGAACGGAACAGCGCUUCGAAGCCAACGAACGGCUGUUCGUCCGAAUGGAGGACGCCAAUUUGUUGGACACAAACCUGUUGGUGGACUCGACGCCCGAACGCCGACUUUCCGAUGCAUUCAAUCGCAAAGGACUGCAAGAAUUGGUGACAAUUGGCGACAAAAGCGAUGCAAACAUAAAGGCGUUUGUCUUGGAAUUGGAAACCGUUUACCAAAUCCUGGAUUCGUUGAAGACAACGAACGCCGACUUGCGGUCACUUCGCGGCCUUUUUUGGCUCGAAAUGAGAGCCUUUGACCGCAUAUUAAGUGACGACAAGUACGAGGAAUCCGUGCGAACACUCGUCACCAAUUUGGUCGCACAACUGAUCCAAAAGUUGACUCAAGAGUUGGACACUCUUUACGACCACAAAGUGUUGGUCGCAGUCAUCGAAGAACGACCGCAAGAAUCGCCGAAAUUGGUCCGCAAAACGCGCGACACAAAGGCGGCGGCGCUGAAUCUGGCGCACCAGUUCGACCCCAACUUCCACUCGGCCUUCGCGGUGACGGCCUUCACGUCUGUGGUGUUGGCGGUCGUGGUCUACGGCGUGGCAGUGGCCAUGUGGCACGUGGACCCCGGCAAGGACUCCAUCAUCUACCGCAUGACGUCACAGCGCAUCAAAAAGGACCAGUAGUUCAGUAGUUGAGAGAGUUUUAGCGCUUUUUGUUAUCCAUUAUUCGGUGUAUAAUAUAUUUAUUCCAGAAAUAAACCAUUUCUCCAAAUAAACCAAA